AUGAGCCACGACGUCAACGACCACCGGCCACGUACCUCUGGGCGACGAGACAUACCCCGUCAAAGAUCUAACGAACGAACACAACCCUACCUUCUGUCGCGAAUCACUCGAAACUUGAACUCCCUCGCACUGAACUCUUUUGGCUCGUUGUUCUCUGGGCCUUCUCCUUUUAGAUAUCAAGUCGAAACCGAAAACGAAAACGAACGUGCUGCUGCUGCAUACACCCGGGAUCUUUACCCACCAGAAAGGAACGUGACUCUAGGGUUUUGUGAUAACCUCAGGAAGAACGGUGACGACCAGGUUUGGCAAGACAACAAUGACGCAAGUUCUGAUCAAGGCUUCUCUCGCUCGAGUAUGCUGAAAGACUUGACUCCCACUCCAACGCGCGCCACUACCCCAAAUUACAAUUUGAAUGCAGCACAAACACGUUUCCCUGAGGUUAAGCGGCUCUUGAAUAGAUUUGCUGGCUCGGCGACUCCAACGGCUUCUAUCACUGUCUCCGGCGACCCACUGGCUUCGUUUUAUGGUUUGGACGCGCAUUAUCAAGGAAAAGAACGAGAUUUGACCCACGCUGAGUUUCUCGAGCCUACGAUGACAACAAUGACUUUUGCUGCUGCUGCUGAUCCUGCUUACUCUGCCAACGCCCACGCUACCUCGGACCUCGAAACGCCACCCCUCACCCCGGACUCUCUCAACGAACACACAUUCUUAUCUUCUGCGUCUUCGAACGAUUCUGACAACGAACUCUCCGUCGAAAUUCUGCUAUACCCCACCGAAGAAGAUAACGAAGACACUGGCGGCCUCUAUCCUCCUCAAUAUACUCAAGAAAUCAAGGAAGGCAAGAAACCUGAACGUGACAUCUGCUACGAAACGUUGAUUCAAGAUAUACCCUCAGCAGAAGACCCACUCUCCAACCAAGACCUCAACACGCCCAUGGAGGAUAAAGACGAAUGGUACGGUCUGGAAUACACUCUCGAGCUCAGCUCGCGCGAACGCCAUCCCUCCGACACGCAGUCCUUUUCUGCCGGAGAACAUUCCAAGAGCCGCGAAUCAUGGGCUCUAAUCCACCGCGGCACGAUCCACCCCUUCUUCGAAGACGAGGACUACCACCAGUGGAAGAACUGGCAUCGCUAUCUUGACCGACAGGACGAGCGGAGGAAACAUAAGAAGGGUUUUGAGUUUAAGACGAGGGCGAAGGAUCUUGCGUGGUUCUUUGCUGAUGAAAUGAGGACGAGGGAUGUUAUGUAUUGGCAAAAGGAGGUGUAUAACGCUGUUGGGAGAGAGGUGAAAGAUCGGCUUAAUUACCUUGCUGCUCAUCGUCCUGACCCGUACUACCCACGAAAGAAACACGACCUUGGAUGGUACCUCAAGCAUUCUCGGUCGGUCGCGUGUCUUCGUGAGCUCAUGCCCAUUCCGGUACCUGAGGCCUGA